AUGCUUGGAAGGUUAUCCACUUCUUGCAUUGAACAUCGGAAGGACCCGGUGCUUGAUGAUAGGCUGAACAUCGGAAGCACCCUGGGUCUCUUGAUGGGUGCCAGUUUGCUGAGCCUGGUCGAGGUCAUUCACUUCUUCGUGCUGCCCUUGGGUCGCGAGCUCGUGCACUAUUUAUUCGGUGAUGGGGCCACAACUAACGUACAACACCAGUUACAACAUUUAGUCAAACUUCCACGGGCCAAGAUGAAUGCUGUACCAGCUGUCGUCAGGAGAUCUCGAAGAUUCCUUUGGCAUCAUUCAAGUUUCCCGAAUUAUUCUUGCAACACCAUACUGGAUGAAGAGGAGAAGAGCAAUACAGCUGACGUAAUUGCUCCUGAAGCUGCUGAGCACGAUCUCCUCUAUUUUCACCAUCACGGCUUUGGGAUAUACGACGAGAACCCGCUCACCCCUACAGAACCAGUGACUCACUACACGGCGCUAUGCCUCGUGGGAGUGCCGCAAUGCGGCGCUCACCUCCGCUCUGCCAACUGCACUCUUCCCCUCAUGCCGCGAGUCCGUGAAUUACGACGGUACCCUGUCACUGUAGAUGGGCGCCAGCCUGCUGACUAUUCUGGAGGUCAGCCAUUACAUCCACCUCUUUUUCAAUUUCUGAGCCAAUUUGGCCAACUGUUGGGUGCCAAUCUCAGUCUAGUGAAGGUCAAUUCACUUCGUUUUGCAGUGUUCAUCAACAGUAUUUUGAGGCUGCUGAUAAAUAUCAUGUUCAACGGCAACACCUUGGGGCUGCUGAUGGUUGCCAGUCUGAUAUAUGUUGAAGGUUACUUUCUUCUUCUUGCAGUGAACAUUGGUGGCACCCUGGGUCUGCUAAUGGGCGCCAGUCUGCUGAGUCUGGUGGAGGUCAUCCACUUCUUUGUGCUGCCCAUGGGUAGUGAGAUUCUGCGACGUUUCUGA